AGACUAAGCUUGAGGCAGCCCGCAAAGGCUUUGAGGAUGAAAUCACGCAAUUAAAGAAGAUUCACGAAGAAGGGAAACAAACUCAAGCCCGAGCUUCGCGGGAAGAAUAUAAAGUGUAAGUCUAUAAAGUAGUAACUAGAACUACCGCUGGGGGAACGAAACCUGGUUGUCAAGGGUACAGGCAAAUUCAAUGUGAGGGUUGAUGAGAUGUGGAAAACACUGCGAGACGCAAUUUGCAGCGCCGGAAAAAGGGAUAGGGCUAGGUUGACCAAGCAUUGCAGACUAAAAACUGGAGAACACGAAGCUCUGCUUGUCGAGUUAGACCAACUGAACAGAGCACAAUCCGGGUCUGAGACAAAUCUGCAGAAACUACAUCAAGAAAUUGAUGAGUAUGAACGAAGACUAGUGCAAGAAAAACGAUCCCAACGGCAAGCCCUAGAAGCAUCACAACUCCAAUUACAGCUCUGCGAUGAAGAGCUCCAAGAAACGACGGCGCAGUUAGAACGAAAUACGGCAGAAUUAGAUUUACUAAAUGAAGCCGUACGCGGAUUACGGAAGAAAAAUCGGGGGUUGAUAGAAGAUCUGGAAACAUCAAGGAGUCAAGUAACGCAGUAUCAAGAUCUUCUAGAAACAGAGAAGGAUAACUUUCGAUACCAGUACAGGGAGAACGAGAAACUACGAUUUGAAGCACAAGAAAUGAAGAAGAAAUUGAGCAGAGAAGAAAAUAGACGACGUUCACUCUUCGAGCGACUUCAGGAACUUCAAGGGGCUAUCCGCGUUAUAUGUCGCAUUCGACCAGAAAAUUCCCAGAACUGGUUGGAUUACGAGAUAAAGAAUGGGGAAUUCAGCGGCGACCCAGCUGAACUGAGGAUAAUCGAGGAAAAGAAGACGGCGUGGGGAGAAGCAAGACCGAGAAAAUCAGACACGUACGAGUUCGAGCGAAUUUUCGGCCCUCAGGAGACGAAUCAUGACGUCUUUGACGAAAUCAGUAACUUCGUACAAUCAGUCAUUGACGGCAAGAAGGCCUGUGUCUUCUGUUACGGUCAAUCUGGCACAGGGAAGACAUACACGAUGAGCAACGUGGACACCCAUUCUAGCCGACUAGAAGGGGUUAACCACGAGAACGACGGCAUCAUCCCUAGAGUCAAGACAAUGUUAUUCAAGGAGAAGAAAAGACUUGAGGAAAUUGGAUUUGUUAUGAAGGUUAGAGGAUGCUGCUACGAGAUCUACAAUAACGAAUUAUGGUUACUAGAACUAGGCGGGCGCGAGAAGAAGUCUAUCUCAAGAAAUACUCGCGCCGUCAAAGAACCUAAGCUCCAGACGUUGGAUGACGGCAGUAGUUUCGAUGCCAUGGUCAAAAUAGGGAUGAAAAAUCGGCGUCUCGGAGCCACAAAGCUAAACGAUAACUCAUCUCGAUCGCAUUUCAUUAUCAGCAUCGAGACUAGCGUAAUGUCGAGCAAAGAUCAUAACGCUGUACGCGAGGGUAUAUUAAAUUUAGUAGACCUCGCAGGUUCUGAGAGAACACACCAAGCUGGCACCGCAGGCGCAAAGUUACAAGAAGGAAACAGCAUUAAUGCAUCACUUACGCAGCUAGGGCGAGUUUUCGUUAGUCUCUCCGAAGGUAAAACACCAACAUAUAACGGAAAUAUUCUCACCGAGUUCCUGCAGCGUUCCCUCGAGAGAGGCUGCAUGACGCUUAUGCUCCUCAUGAUCAGCCUCUUGAAAGAAAAUUGGCCGGCAACUAAACAGACACUACAGUUCGCGUUAGAUGCCCAGUCUGCGAGGAGAACCAGGCCAUCAGGCAGAGGCACGAAAGCAGCACCGGCAAGACCAAAGUUUGGAAUCAUGAAGUAAAUCAGGGUCUUCUUCUUGAUUCUCUGAGGUGAAGAUUUCUCGGGGCUCGACUUCACAGUUUCGUAGGUUCUCACAAAAUUCAAACAUGGACGUAGAACUUAGUUAGGUUACCUGGUUCACUACGACGAGAA